AUGGAAGCGGAUUUGGGGAAAAUGGAAACGGAUUUCGGUAAAAUAGAAAUGGGUGACGGGAGAAAUUCGGGACAUUCGGUAAACGGUCACGCGGUGUGCCCAUUCAGUGGUAAAAUUGCAGUGGAAAAUCAUAAGCAAGUGAAGCCAAAUCUAAAGUUAAAAGUUCCUCAGCCAAUAAGAUUAAAGAAUCAUCUAGUCAGUGAAGAAAAUUAUGAUGUUCUCCAUUCGCAAAUUGAAGAAGUCAGCAGUUUUAACACAAAAUGCACAGAGAAGGUCUGCCAGAACAGUAUUAUGGACAUUCCAAGUGGAGAAGACACUCCGCGCAAAGUCGAAGAAGUAUACAAAGAGGCUCAGGCAUUCCUGAAACAGUACUUUUCUUCAAUACGCAGAGAAAACACAGACGCACAUGUAUCUAGACUGCAAGAAAUUGAGCGGGAGCUGAAAGAAAAAGGCACCUACCAACUCAAAACUCCAGAACUGGUGUUUGGUGCUAAACUAGCGUGGCGAAAUGCAUCUAGGUGCAUUGGCAGAAUACAGUGGAAGAAAUUACAAAUAUUCGAUUGCAGAGCCGUAACGACCGCGAGCGGGAUGUUCGAGGCCCUGUGCAAUCACAUCAAGUACGCCACGAAUAAAGGGAACAUAAGGUCCGCGAUUACCAUAUUCCCGCAGCGAACGGAUGGCAAGCACGACUAUAGGAUAUGGAGCCCGCAACUCAUUAGCUACGCCGGCUACAUCGAACCAGAUGGAUCAGUAUUGGGUGAUCCAGCUAGAGUCGAAUUUACAGAGGUUUGCAUAAAACUGGGAUGGAAACCUCCUCGGACCGCGUGGGAUAUUCUCCCUUUAGUGGUAUCAGCGGAUGGCAAAGAUCCUGAAUACUUUGACAUUCCACGUGAAAUUGUCAUGGAAGUUAAAAUGGAGCAUCCGAAAUUUGAAUGGUUUAAAGAGUUGGGCUUACAAUGGUAUGGCCUACCAGCAGUAUCAAACAUGCGUUUGGACUGCGGAGGCUUGGUGUUCACAGGCACCGCCUUCAACGGCUGGUACAUGGGUACCGAGAUCGGCUGCCGGAACUUCUGUGAUUCAAAUAGACUUAAUAUUGUCGAGAGUGUAGCAAGCAAAAUGGGCUUGGAUACAAAUUCGUACGUUUCAUUAUGGAAAGACAAAGCACUGGUGGAAGUGAAUAUAGCAGUGCUUCAUAGUUUUCAUAGAGAUAACGUGUCGGUAGUAGAUCAUCAUUCCGCCUCGGAACAAUUUAUCAAGCAUCUGGACAAUGAAAAUAAAAGCAGAGGUGGAUGUCCGUCGGACUGGGUUUGGAUUGUACCACCGAUGUCUUCUUCUUUAACUUCAGUGUUUCACCAAGAAAUGGCGUUAUACUAUUUGCGGCCAUCAUAUGACUACCAAGAGGCAGCAUGGAAAACUCACCAGUGGAUUAAAUCAGAAGAUAAGCCAAGAACUAGAAAGUUCCACUUCAAACAAAUUGCCCGAGCCGUCAAGUUUACUUCCAAACUAUUUGGCCAGGCGCUUUCCAAGAGAAUCAAAGCGACCAUACUUUACGCCACUGAGACAGGGAAAUCUGAACAGUAUGCUAAAGAGUUAGGGAAUAUUUUUGGGCACGCUUUUAACGCACAGGUGCAUUGUAUGUCUGAAUACGACGUGUUUUCAAUAGAACACGAGACCCUCCUGCUGAUCGUAACUUCAACGUUUGGCAACGGAGAACCGCCUGCGAAUGGCGAGGACUUUGCUAAGCAUUUAUUACAAAUGCUCUACAAUGAAAAGAGGAAUCAAGGAGAUCAAGUUGACAGUGCUGGGACAUGCAAGGUGCACACUCCAAAGUCACUAAUAAGAACAAACAGUGCUAUGACACCGAGUAUCGAAUAUAAAAAACAGCUAUCUCGAAUGGAAUCUAGUAAGAACCAAAAUACAGUGGACUAUAAAAGACAAUUAUCACGUUUGGAAUCGAAUAAGAGUAGUAUAGCUACAUCAACAGCUGAAAAUAUAGGGCCAUUGAGCAAUGUAUGCUAUGCCGUAUUUGCUCUGGGCUCUAGUGUUUAUCCAAAGUACUGCAACUUUGGAAAAACUAUGGACAGAGUGUUAGAAGAUUUAGGGGGAGAGAGGCUAUUAGAACUGACAUGUGGCGAUGAAAUGUGCGGUCAAGAGCAACAGUUUCGUAACUGGUCCUCCAACAUAUUUCAGGUAGCAUGUGAGUCGUUUUGCUUGGAAGAAAAUGAAAUGGUUCAAAAUGCAAAAAAAUCAUUAGGUAUGAUACCACUUACAGAAGAAACUGUAAGAUUUAACAGAGCCGAAAAGGAACUCAGUCUAAAAGCUUCAUUGGAACAAAGCUACAGAAAACAGACAAUUACGUGCAAAGUAAAAGAAAAUAAACAUUUAGGGGAAUAUACAAACGACCGUGCUACAAUAUUUGUGGACAUGGAAUCUAAUACUGACCUUAAAUAUGACCCCGGAGAUCACGUUGGUGUUAUGGCCUGCAAUCGUAGCGAAAUAGUUGAAGCCGUAUUAAAAAGACUGAAAGGUGUAGACAAUUUUGAUAGAACUGUACAACUUCAAGUUAUGAAAGAAAAGCUUACCCCAACAGGUACUGUGAAAUCUUGGGAACGUCACGAGCGUAUACCCGCAGCCACAGUUCGCGAAGUUUACACAAGAUUUUUAGAUAUCACAACUCCACCAUCUACCAAAGUAUUAAAAUAUUUAGCUACAGCUUGCAAUGAUGAAAACGAGGCUAACUAUUUAAAAGAACUAAUAGAGGAUUCUAACAAAUAUGACGACUGGAGGCAUCACUAUUAUCCUCAUUUAGCAGAAGUAUUCUCUCAAGUUCCUUCGUGUAGACCACAAGCGUCACUUCUGGCAGCACUUCUACCCCCUUUACAACCAAGAUUCUAUUCUAUAUCAUCUUCAUCUUUGGUACAUCCAAAUAGAAUCCACGUCACUGUUGCAGUUGUUGUUUACAAAACUCAAAAUGGUGAAGGAUCAACACAUUAUGGCGUUUGCUCAACAUAUUUACAGAGCUUGAAACCUGAUGAUGAUGUUUAUGUUUUUAUACGAAGGGCACCGAAUUUCCACAUGCCACAAGACAUAUCUGUUCCCCUUAUAUUAGUGGGCCCUGGCUCAGGCAUUGCACCUUUUAGAGGAUUCUGGCACCAUAGACGACGACAAAUUAUAAAUAAUUCGACGAAUUCUAAAAAGCCAGGCCCUAUUUAUCUACUUUUUGGCUGCAGAUAUAAAGAAAUGGAUUUGUAUAAAGAUGAAAAGAAACAGGCUGUUGCCGAAGGUGUGCUUACAAAAUCUUUAUUAGCACUUUCAAGGGAAAAGGGAGUGAGCAAGAAACAUGUACAAGCCUUGUUAGAAGAUGAAGGACCUAACAUAACACGUAUGCUGUUAGAUGAGGGUGGACAUUUCUAUGUAUGUGGAGAUUGUAAAAUGGCGGAAGAAGUACAGCAGAAGCUAAAAGAUGUUAUAAAAAGACACGCACGUUAUUCAGAUGAAGAGGCUGACGAUUUCAUAUUAUAUUUAAUGGAUGAGAAUAGAUACCAUGAAGACAUAUUUGGUAUCACACUACGAACAUCAAUUGUACAUAAGGCGUCGCGAGAGACUGCAAAACGAACGCGACUAGAAUCCAUACAAUCUAUCACUUCGUCUUGAAUACUUAUGAUAUCUUAAGUAGCGAUUAAGUUUAAUAAAGAACAUUAUUUUACUUCAUAUUAUAACAGCGAAUCUAUUUUGAAAGCUUUACUAUGUAUAGGUUCAAUAUUUUUCGUGACAUUAAUAAUGAAGUGAUGUAAAUAUUAUUACCACAAUAAUAAUCUA